CCAAAAGACAACAAACAAACUACUCAAUAAUAACAUAAGAGAAACAACCGAACAUAUUCGCAUGAGACUCUUUCUACUUUCAACUCCAAAACCAGUCUUGUUUUCUCACUUAAUUCCCCAAUUACACGUUUAAAUUCCCCUUCUUAGAUCAAUUCAAGUCCCUUCUUUCACGUUUACCCCAAAAAUUCUCUCUUUUUUCUACAAAACCCCUUUUUUUCCUUCAACACAUGCAAUGUUAUAUAAAGACACAAAUUCUUUAAGAUCUACCAUGUGAAUUUGUUUCUUCCACCCACCAUUUUACUCAAACUACUUUGCUUUUAAUUCGUUAACUAACUCUGUUGAAUUGCCAUUAAAAGGGUACUUUUAGAUUCUAAUAUGAGUAGUAAUUGUCAAACUUCUGAUAAUAGUCAUAAUAUCAGGAAUUUAAUCUACAACGCUGGUGCUGGUGCUGCUGCUGGGGCAAUAGCUGCUACGUUUGUGUGUCCUUUGGAUGUGAUCAAGACAAGGUUACAGGUUCAUGGUCUGCCACCUGUGCAGAAAGGUAGUGUUAUUAUCACGAGCUUGCAGAAUAUUGUUAGGACUGAAGGCUUCAGGGGAAUGUACCGUGGCCUUUCACCAACAAUAUUGGCAUUACUUCCAAACUGGGCAGUUUACUUCACAUGUUAUGAGCAACUAAAGGGAUUGCUUCGAUCACAUGAGGGUUGCGACGAACUUACAGCUAUUGAAAAUAUUAUAGCUGCUGCUGGUGCUGGGGCCGCAACAGCAAUAUCUACAAAUCCAUUGUGGGUUGUUAAGACAAGACUCCAAACGCAAGGAAUGAGGCCUAAUGUUGUUCCUUACACGAGUGUUCUUUCCGCUUUGAGAAGGAUUACACAUGAGGAAGGCCUGCGAGGACUAUAUAGUGGCAUCGUGCCUUCAUUAGCUGGCGUAAGUCAUGUAGCAAUUCAAUUCCCAACGUAUGAAAAGAUAAAGUUAUACAUGGCCAAAAAAGAUAACACAACUGUCGACAAGCUAAGUCCUGGAAAUGUUGCUAUCGCGUCAUCAAUUUCAAAAGUAACUGCCUCUGUAAUGACUUAUCCGCACGAGGUAAUACGUUCUCGACUUCAAGAGCAAGGUCAUGCGAAAAAUAGUGGUGUUCAUUAUGCCGGGGUUAUUGACUGUACUAAGAAGGUUUUUCUUAAGGAAGGCAUCCCGGGAUUUUAUCGUGGUUGUGCAACUAAUCUAUUAAGAACAACUCCAUCUGCUGUUAUUACAUUCACCAGUUAUGAGAUGAUAUACCGGUUUUUGACACGAAGUAUACCGCAAAAUGAGCCUAGCAAACCCAAGCCAGAAGCCAGUGCCGUUAAUACUAAAAAUGGUGAUGAUAAGGAUCAAUCACCAUCUCAAUCUAACAAGAUUCCUCUCAGAAACAAAGAGCAACUAACAAGACAUUGAUUUACAUUUUCUUUUUUAUUUGCCUUUUAUCACAUUCAAUUUAUAUCUUGGUUGCGAUGAUUUUUUCUCCUUAUCAGCAUGCAAAUGCUCAAUUUUACCAGAAUUGUGAAUUAUAUAUUAGCAAAUAAAAUAAAAGUGCAGAUGUGAAUAUGAAUAAGGCCAUGUUUUGAUUUAUGUUCUAUUCAAUCCUAUAUGAAAAUCAAUGAUAUUUCAUUUUGGUA